AUGGCGCUCCAGAAGGGUCAAUACCAUCCCGCGGGACCAGGAGACUUACGUUCUCCAUGCCCUGUACUCAACUCCCUUGCUAACCAUGGCUUUAUCGCCCGUGACGGACAGGAUAUCACCGCUUCUGAGCUAAAAGCCGCCGUCCAGUAUGUCGGGCUUGGCUUAGACAUAGCCUCCGCUCUCGUGAGCCGUGUCUUUCAAGUUCACUCCGACGACCCAAAAAACGGUCCACCUGGGAGCUCAAGAGCUGGGUUACGCGACCCAAAUCAAGUGAACAAAGACGGAGUCCCCGUACUCAACCUAGACCAAGUCGGCCGUCCUCAUGCUCUUGAACAUGAUGUCUCAAUCACCCGACAGGAUCGCGAAUUGGGCGACUGCAUCCACUUGGAUCCUGAACUAUACAGACGGUUUAUUCAAUCCGCGAAGGAGGGCAAGUUUCGGUCUGCCGACAUGGGAAGCUAUCGGAAAAAGCGGUAUGGAGAGCAGAAGAGAGACAAUCCGCAUCUGCAGUUUGGAAAGUUCGAACACUACGUUGGAUGUGCGGAAUUGGCUGCUCUGCGAUGCGUGUUUGGGAAGGGAGUCAAAAAGGGGAUCCCGGACGACUAUGUGCGAGCUGUCUUUGGGGAAGAGCGUCUGCCGUAUGAUGAAGGUUGGAAUCCACGGAGGUUUAAGGCGUUUUUCCCAGAGGCACUAGUGGUACUGUUAGUCAUUUCGCGCUAUGCUUGGCCAUUUUGA